CAAACUACAAACCCAAUAAAUAAAGUAAAAGUAAUCACCUGCUUUACAAAAAAGUUUCGACCGUCCGAUCAAAAUGACUAAAACUUGCCUCUUAUGAUUUAGGCUACCUAAUUUCUCCAAAAGCAAUCUUAACCGUUAAGUAGUCUGACUUUUUUCCAUUAGCAAGUCCUGAUAAUCAAAUUUCCCUGUACAAAAAAGUCUGUCAACUUUAUACCUGGGGCCCAUUUGAACAACCUGUGGAACGCGUACUACCCAAUAACAGCCAAAGAAUAUUUCUAUUCUUCUUGUUUGUUCUUCUUCUCUGUUACCCGUUUCCUUUCCUUUUUCCUUUUCUUUUUCUUUUACCCUCUCCAAUUAUUAGGGUUUAAUUUAGCGCAGCCGCUUUUGAUCUUCUCGAUCAGUGAAGGUUAAAGUCUGCAUCAAAUUUGGUGAUUUUAAGCUUUCAGAAAUACUAGGGUGAUGGAAGUUACACAGGUGCUUUUGAAUGCACAAUCAAUAGAUGGAGCCUUGCGGAAGAAUGCUGAAGAAAGCUUGAAACAGUUUCAGGAGCAGAACCUUCCUGGUUUCUUGCUUUCACUUUCUGGAGAGUUGGCAAAUGAGGAGAAGCCUGUUGAAACACGCAAAUUAGCUGGUUUGAUACUUAAAAAUGCAUUGGAUGCUAAGGAAGAGCACAGGAAGUAUGAGCUUGUGCAAAGAUGGUUGUCCUUGGAUGCCAAUGUAAAGAGCCAGAUUAAGGCAUGCUUAUUAAAGACUUUGUCUUCUCCAGUAUCUGAUGCUUGGUCAACUGCAUCUCAAGUCAUUGCCAAGGUUGCUGGCAUUGAGUUGCCACAGAAACAGUGGCCCGAGUUGAUAGGUUCACUUCUAUCAAAUGUUCAUCAGCUACCAGCUCAUGCCAAGCAAGCUACUUUGGAGACUCUUGGGUAUUUGUGUGAGGAGAUCUCCCCUGAUGUUAUUGACCAAGAUCAAGUAAAUAAAAUACUUACAGCUGUAGUUCAAGGUAUGAGUGCUUCGGAAGGAAACACUGACGUAAGGCUUGCGGCUACAAGAGCACUUUACAAUGCGCUGGGAUUUGCUCAGGCGAAUUUCAGCAAUGACAUGGAGCGUGAUUAUAUCAUGAGAGUUGUCUGUGAGGCAACCCUGUCCCCAGAGGUGAGGAUUAGGCAGGCAGCUUUCGAGUGUUUGGUCUCCAUGUCAUCAACUUACUAUGAGAAACUAGCUCCUUAUAUCCAGGAUAUUUUUAACAUCACAGCAAAUGCUGUGAGGGAAGAUGAGGAACCUGUUGCCCUUCAAGCCAUUGAGUUCUGGAGUUCAAUAUGUGAUGAGGAGAUAGAUAUUUUGGAAGAAUAUGGCACUGAUUUCACUGGGGACUCUGAUAUUUCUUGCUUUUAUUUUAUCAAGCAGGCACUCCCUGCACUUGUUCCUAUGCUGCUGGAGACACUGUUGAUGCAGGAGCAGGAUGAGGAUCUGGAUGAAGGGGCUUGGAAUGUUGCAAUGGCUGGGGGAACAUGUCUUGGUUUGGUUGCACGGACUGUAGGAGAUGAUAUUGUCCCUCUUGUUGUGCCCUUUAUUGAGGAGAAUAUAACAAAACCAGAUUGGAGACAGAGGGAAGCGGCAACUUAUGCCUUUGGUUCAAUCUUAGAGGGACCUUCCCCUGAAAAAUUAAUACCUCUUGUGAAUGUUGCCCUAACAUUCAUGCUCAGUGCUUUGACAAAGGACCCCAAUAGCCAUGUCAAAGACACUACGGCCUGGACCCUUGGACGUAUCUUUGAAUUCCUUCAUGGUUCAGCUGUGGAUUCACCCGUCAUCACUCAGGCAAAUUGCCAGCAGAUAGUCACGGUUCUGCUACAGAGUAUGAAGGACACUCCAAAUGUUGCUGAGAAGGCCUGUGGUGCUCUCUAUUUUCUUGCUCAAGGUUAUGAGGAUGUAGGUCAAUCAUCUCCUUUAACUCCUUUUUUCCAGGAAAUUGUCCAGUCCCUUCUCACUGUCACUCACCGAGAAGAUGCUGGAGAAUCCCGGCUGAGGACUGCUGCCUAUGAGACAUUGAAUGAGGUGGUGAGGUGUUCAACCGACGAGACAGCUCCAUUGGUGUUGCAAUUGGUGCCUGUCAUCAUGAUGGAACUUCAUAACACUCUCGAAGGGCAGAAACUGUCAUCUGACGAAAGGGAGAAGCAGAGUGAAUUGCAAGGCCUUCUUUGUGGGUGUUUACAGGUCAUUAUUCAGAAGCUUGCUUCAUCAGAACCAACCAAGUAUGUAUUCAUGCAGUAUGCAGAUCAAAUAAUGGGACUUCUCCUCAGGGUUUUUGCGUGUAGGAGUGCUACUGUACAUGAGGAGGCCAUGCUUGCAAUUGGAGCCCUUGCUUAUGCAACAGGACCAGAUUUUGUGAAGUACAUGCCAGAGUUUUAUAGGUACUUGGAAAUGGGUCUUCAGAAUUUCGAAGAGUACCAAGUGUGUGCUGUCACCGUUGGUGUUGUGGGUGAUAUUUGCAGGGCAUUGGAGGAAAAAAUUGUUCCUUACUGUGAUGGGAUUAUGACACAGCUUCUCAAGAAUUUAUCGAGCAACCAGUUGUAUCGUUCUGUCAAGCCUCCCAUAUUUUCAUGCUUUGGGGACAUUGCAUUGGCAGUAGGAGAGUAUUUUGAAAAGUACUUAAUGUGGGCCAUGUCUGCUCUUCAGAGAGCAGCAGAGUUGUCUACCCAUGCAGCAGGCGGUGAUGAAUUUACAGAGUACAUAAAUUCCCUGAGAAAUGGAAUUCUGGAGGCAUAUUCUGGGAUUUUCCAAGGGUUCAAGAACUCUCCAAAAACCCAGCUUUUGAUUCCCUAUGCUCCUCACAUCCUCCAGUUCUUGGAUGGCAUAUACGUGGAGAAAGACAUGGACGAUGUGGUUAUGAAGACUGCCAUUGGAGUCCUUGGAGAUCUAGCUGAUACAUUGGGAAGUCCUGCUGGUUCUCUGAUAAAGCAAUCUCUCUCAAGCAAAGACUUUUUAAAUGAAUGCUUGUCUUCAGAAGACCAUAUGAUUAAAGAAUCUGCUGAAUGGGCCAAGUUGGCCAUUAGUCGUGCCAUUUCUGUUUGAGAGUUUUGCCAUUCAGCAUGUUUAUUUUCUUUUGGAAGUCCAUGCAUUUGGGUGUGUUGAGUUGAGGGUCUGGGAUUGCACGUGUCAAGCCAUUGUCAUUGUCAAGACAACAGAAGUUAUGUGUCUUCAAGUUGUCACUAACUCUUGCAUCAUCAUCAUCAUGGGGUCGUAUUGCAUUUAUUUUUUGUAACGGAGGAAGUGGUUUGGGAUUGUUUAAGAGAAUUUGGUGGUGUCUCCAUGAGAUUGGGGGGAGUGAGUAUCAUUUGGUCCUGAAGGGUUGAAGUCAGGAGGGAUCGGCAAGUGUGACGUGCUGGCGUGACUAACUAGUCAGGUAGCUUGGUCACUUGCUGUUAAGACAAACAUCAUUUUUGCCUUGGUGUGCUUUUUUCCAAGUAAAUUUAGUUGUUGGAAUGGAUGAGUGAGGAUCUGGUUCACAGUGCUGCAGCACUUCAAGACAUCUCAAGUGCUGCGUUUCACCAUAUUCUUCCAUCACCUAGUUUUGGUUCCAAGUGUUCGUGGCCCCCUUCUUUUUUGUAGUUAAAGUAAUGCAUAUUUCUUUAAGUAUACAUCAGUGGCUGGGUUGCAUUUAAUCUCCGCUGUUUAUAUAAAUAUAUAUAUAUAUAUAUAUAUGUACUUGGGGUCGUGGGUUAACCACAUGCUGCAUUCUAUUGGGAGCAUUCGACUAUUGUGGUUCCUUUUUUUCCUUUUUUUUUUUUUUUUGUAUAAUUUCAAUUGUUACCAACAUCAGGAGUCGAUUGUUCAAGUAUCAUGCAUUCAUAAAUUAUCCGAUUUGCGUUUCCUUUGGGUAUACCUUCUUUUUUUUCUUUUGUUCUUUUUUUUUUUUUUUUUACUUUGUCGUUGUUUUUGCUUCAUAGUUAAGAUUGUAUAAAUUAUAUUUUUGGGUCGUCGCUGCUUAUAGAAGGUGACUAUUAAAUCAAAAUUUGGGCUAAAAUUAAAAGGGAUGAAUAUCCUGUUCUGCCUCAUUAUGAAUUGGAAUUAAAUGCUUGAUUUGUGCGAUUGCCUAUUUUCUUCAGUUUUCUUCACUAGACUUCGAAUUGCGACCAUCCUCUCUCCUAACUCCUCUUUUCUCUCUUUGUC